UUCUAUUAUAUAGGAUUAAUAGGAUAGAAAAAAUAAUUUGGCUUCAGUCUGAUCUGAUGCAGGUGGAAGCAUAAUAGAGACAUGUGUCAAAAGCAUAACAAUAAGACCCACCGCCACGUGUCACUGACCGAUUUAAUGAUGUCUGAACUGAACUUUAGGCCUAAUAAAAACCCCUCAGACACAUAAGACCAGUUCAGAUGAGUGUGCCGUGAGGGACGAGUGUCUAGCCUGAUAGCUACUUACUAAUAAGAUGGACUAUACAUAUCUAACUUCUGCAUAUGAGCCUGGGAUAGACAUUGGUCGAACCACUAACCGCUCCACUGAGUUAAGUUCAUGUGGUCAGCCCGCAAAUUUUCAAUAUAACAGGUGCAAUUUAGGUGCUUCAACCAGCUGCCAUUUCAUGGCGCCAGGAUCCUGCUCUCAUCAAUCCUCUCACUAUAUAACAGUUCAUAAUCUCUUGGCGUAUGAUCGAGGGAUCCAGGAGAAGCGCAAACAGAGACGCGUCCGUACCAUCUUCAACAGCUCGCAGCUGAAAGAGCUUGAGCGCGUUUUCGCACAGACGCAUUAUCCAGAUAUCUACACGCGAGAGGAGCUCGCGCAGGAGAUUCAUCUCACUGAAGCUCGUGUCCAGGUGUGGUUCCAGAACAGACGCGCUAAAAAUCGCAAACAAGAGCGCGCAUCUACAUGGGAUGGGAGUGCGACACCUGCCAGAGUGCGCAGCCCGAUUUCUAUUGAAAACACGAAAACGAUGACAGUGCCUCACCCGGACAGCACACAACCCAAUCUAAGCCAAGACCAAAAACCCGACGACAACAAUCUCAUUAAGGGACAGGUUUCAGAUGAGCCGUCCCUGAUAGGAGUUCCUUUCGUCGAAACUCAUCGGUCAAGCGUUCACUGAACUCACAUACUCACAAUUGAAAAAAGCUCAUUGGCUUUGGGCGAAAUAGGCCAUAUUGACCUUAUUUAAUAUUCUGAAAAUAAAUGUAAUAUUGUCUGACCACUGGAACCGUUUAGAGCAUGGAAAUGAAGAUUGACCAUUUGACUUCAUAAGUGCAUAAAAUUAAUUUUAUUUUAAUACUUUUAAAGGCAAUAUUUGCGGUUGGACAAAAGUCGUUUCGUCGUCUACCCAACAUCACCUCCAGGGGGCGUCUAUUCUCUCCCAAUCCUCUUUGCACACAAACGUACAGCAGAGGGCAGCAAAGAAAGCUGAAAUUUCGUUCUACAUCAAAAUAGUUUGCAGAAUAACACUGUAAGAUGUCUCAAUGAUAUACAGUAAAUAAACACUAAUUUCUUUUUAAGUAAUCUUUGAUAAAGCUGGUUUUGAGAAUUUAAAAGUAUGUUUAACCUGUAUCUGUUACUGUCUUUUUAUAGAAACAUUGUGUGUA